UCAAAAACACGUUUUCUAAAAUGUCACUCAGUAAAAUCGUUAGAAUUUGAUUAUUUUAAUUAAUUAGGCCGAAAUCGUUAGUCAAGUAAAGAUUCGACAAGUUGUUUAUUUUUUUCAAUGAAAUUUUAAAAAAAAUGGAUAACGUAAUAAUGAUUUGAAAUUGUUGGUUACAUGUGCUGAUUUGACGCCAAGGCGUACAUAAUUUAGGUAUCUGACGUCGAGAAAUGUGAGCACAGUGAGCAAUCCUUAUUUUUCAAUCAUGGAUACAUUUUCACUAAUUGUUUAUGGAAUUAUAAUUUUAAUAAUUCUAAUUUUUUUUGCUGUUAAAAUAUACGUAACAGUGACCAAAGGACGAUGUACAAGUAAAAUGAAACUAAAUGGAAAAACUGUUAUCAUCACCGGUGCUAAUGCAGGUAUUGGAAAAGAGACUGCAAUUGAUAUGGCGGCUAGAGGAGCAAGAGUCAUUCUAGCUUGUAGAAACUUAAAAUCAGCUGAAGAAACUAAACAAGAAAUUAUUUCAAAAACUGAAAAUACAAAUAUUUUUAUCUAUCCAAUAGAUUUUGAAUCAUUAACAUCAGUAAGAAAAUUUUCGCAACUAAUUCACGAAAAUGAACGUCGAUUGGAUAUUUUAAUAAAUAACGCUGGAGCUUUUGAAUUAGGGAACAAAACUACAGAGGAUGGUUUACAUAUCAUCAUGCAAGUGAAUCAUUUUGGACCAUUUUUAUUAACAAAUUUGCUUCUGGAUUUGUUAAAGAAAUCAGCGUCAAGUAGAAUUGUGAAUGUUUCAUCGGCAGGUCAUUUAUUUGCAUCAUUAGAUCCAAAUAAUUUAAAUAAACCUGGAGCUGGUUUCAAAAAUUAUGCUAAUUCAAAAUUAUGUAACAUCCUAAUGAGUAACGAAUUAGCUAGAAAAUUAGAGGGAACAAAUGUGAUAUCAAACAGUUUACAUCCGGGUGCAGUUCGAACUUCAUUACUCAGAAAUAUGCAAUGGUUUAAAAGGGUUUUCUUAACGUUGCUGUUUUGGUUUUUCUAUAAGGAUCCUAAAGAAGGAGCUCAAACCACAAUCCAUUGUGCAGUAUGUGAAAAAGUAGAUGGAUUUUCGGGCAAAUAUUUUCAAGAUUGUAAAGAACAUUGGACGUCACGAGCUGCUCAAGAUAAACAAUUAAGUGAAAAAGUUUGGAAUGCAAGUGUAAGAUUGGUGAAAUUACAAAAAAAUGAAAUCCAUUAUUAAGGUUACACGGCCACUAUAGUCACACUCAUUAAAUAUACAAUUAUUCUGAGGCGUUAUAAAAGUAAUGAGGUUUUACUUUUAUAUACAUUUGUAACACAAGCAAGCGGGACUAUUAUUAUAAUUAUUUUUACCAUUUAUGUAGGUGUAGGGCUGUAUAUUUUAAGGGAACUUAUCAAGCACAAAAAUUUUAUAGGUUGUUGUCAAGUCGCAUCUUUAAUCAAGAGAAGGUUAAAGUGGUUUAUCUAACUUCACUCUCGCGCAUAGACAAUUUUGUAUCGCUUAAUAUGUAUAAUCUAUAUAAGUUAAGAAAUCUGUUUUCCAAACAUAACUUUUUUCCGGUUUCCAUAAUGCGAUUUCCAAGAAAUUCCGAAAAAUUGAAGAAAAACAAGUGCAAAUAGACAGUGUUGAUUACGCAAUCGUUUGUAAGAUUACGCAAUGUUUUUUUACGUCAUGCUAGUAAAGAAAGAUAGUCACUCUUAGGUAGUC